GACCCGCGUCUCGUCCGCACCGCCCACAACGCAGACGGCCUCUCCGUCUUCGUCGCAGACGAAAGGAUCCCGCCCUUCCAACCAUUCGGGCCGCUAGCCUCUGCCUUCUACAACUUUGACCUCCGGUCCUCGGUUCCCGUCAACAACUCUGACCCUGUCAAUGUCAAGGACUAUGCAAACACCAUCACGCGCUGUCCACAGACUGGUGUCUCUUUCGGUGUCACAGAUAUCCCGGGGAACAGCUACUCGGUCCCCAUGCACCGGACCCUCAGCAUCGACUACGCCGUGGUGCUGAGCGGCGAGAUCGUCUGGGCACUUGACAGUGGCGAGGAGAAAACCAUUCGGGCCGGCGAGUUCAUCAUUCAGCAGGGAACGAAUCACAGGUGGAUCAACCGCACAAGUAACCCUUGUCGGAUCUUGUUUGUCAUGGUUGGA